AUGUCAGACCAUAAUCUAUCGACGACGUCGCUCUGGCAGAACCGGAAAUGUCUGUCUCUCUGCUGUCUAGUUUCGAUGGCCAAUAUGCAGUACGGAUUUGAUUUGGCCGCAGUGGGCUCGUUGCAGGCCAUGCCGGGCUUUCUCAAGGUCUUUGGCUAUCCAGAUCCUGGAUCGGACACGGGCUAUGCAAUAGACAGUACCGUCCAGCAGUUAAUUACCUCCCUGCUCACCCUUGGCUCCUUUGUUUCCUCCCUCGUGGCUGGCUUCUUCUCCAGCUAUUUCGGCCGCCGGCAUGCGCUCUGGCUCGCCUGCAUCGUCAAUGCCAUCGCCUGCGGUAUCCAGAUCGGCACCACCUCUCCUGGAGUGCUCUACUUUGGUCGUCUGCUGCUCGGCUUCGCUAAUGGCUUCCUCGUGACAUUUUCCAACAUCUAUACGGCGGAGGUUGCGCCAGCACACAUGCGUGGCGUCAUGGUCGCUCUGUUCGCGUACUGGGUCAAUAUCGGGAGCAUCCUCGGCGCAGUCGUCGAUAACAAAACCAAGGAGCGACUUGAUGCCCUUUCCUACCGCAUCCCCUUGGCAUGCCUGUAUAUCGUCCCGACACUGCUCUUUAUCGCGCUAUUCUUCGUUCCCGAGAGUCCACGCUGGCUGCUGCAUCGCGGCCGGGACGAAGCGGCUCGCAAGGCACUGGAGCAGCUGCGUGGCCGCAGUUACGCCACACUCCUGGCGCCCUCGAGUCCCGUCGACAGUGGUGAUGAGCGUUGUAAAGGGGAUAGUGGAAACGCAUUACCAACUCUACUAGAGAUCGAGUGGGCAGAGAUGGUAAAGGGCGUGGAAGAGGAGAAGCGCGAGCAAGGGGAUGUUUCCGCGCUGGAUAUGUUCCGCGGCGCGGACCUCCGCCGGACGAUCUUAUGCUACUGCAUGAUCGGCUGCCAGACAGCGUCGGGCGUGUGGUUCUUGAUCGGCUACCAGACAUACUUCUUUACGGUGUGCGGUAUCACCAAGGCUUUCGAGUACUCUGUGAUGAACACCUGCUUCGGUUUCCUAGGUGUGAAUAUCGGUAUGUAUGCGAUUCGCGCGGUACUGGGUCGGCGCGCGAUUUUAAUGCUCGGCGCCCUAGCCUGUGGCCUGUGUCAGCUGGCCAGCGCUGUGGCGGCGACGGUCAGUCCAAAUACGCUGCCAACGGGCCAGACGCUGGUGGCAUUCACCGCGCUCUUUAUGUUCUUCUACAACGGAUGUGUCGGAGCGGCAAGCUACCCGGUUGCGACAGAGCUGGUGAGCUCGAGGCUGCGGGCGUGGACAGUCGGAACGGCGACAUCACUGGGGUAUUUAUUGGCUUGGCUGGUGAAUUUCUGCACGCCAUAUUUCAUUAAUCCAGAGCACCUGAAUUGGGGCGCGCAGUACGGGUAUAUUUGGUUUGCAUCAAAUAUGUUCUGCGUAGUCUUUUUCUAUUUCUUCAUGCCUGAAAUGAAAGGGCGGUCUCUCGAGGAACUGGACGAGAUCUUUGCGGCUCGAGUACCGGCCCGCAAGUUCGAGUCUUAUCAGACCGUCAUUCGAGAAUUGGCCAGAAUUGACGCAGUCAAUGCAAAGAGUGCUGGUCAACAUAUCGAGAAAAUAUAA